GCAACUUUAUUUUCCCCUACUCACUCACACACAAACACACACACUCUCUUUAGCAACGUACUCAAGCAAUAAAAGACUAUAGAAGAUACGAGAUCAAAAGCCCCAACAAACAAAUCAAAUUCAGCAUUUACGAGAAAAGUCUGCGUAUAGGAAAAAAUAUAACCGGGAAUACAAACAAACAAACAGAAAGGCAACUUCGACAGUGCUUGUCAAACUGCAGAAUUCCAAAAUGUUGCAAGCGCAAAAACAAAAUCACAUCAAGAGAAGCAACAACAACGAUAACAACUGCAAUUGCGAUUACAACAGCCACAAUAAUAACAACCACAACAAAGCGACGUUUCAACGUCGCAAAAUUACAACGAUAACAUAAGCGAGCAAUCGAGCGAGAUAGAUAUAAAGCGAGUGGGAAAGAGAGGAGAAGCCUAGUUGCACAGCUCCCCAUCCUCUUCCAGUCUAUCCUUCCCCCCUUCCCUUCCUCGACCACUUCCCUUUGGCUGUGUGCGUGUGUCUGUCUGACUGUCUGCCUGUCUGACUGUCUGCCUGUCUGUGUGUGCUCUCUCAGCUGAGGAUAAUUUAAUUAUUUUAUUUGUACUAAGCGCGCGUUAUGGCACAGCAGCAGCAACAACAACUGCAGCAACAACAGCAACACCACACCAGCAGCAUCAACAACAACAACAGCAUUCUUCUCCUUCAGCAACAACAGCCCCAACAACAGCAACAACUAGAUCAACUACAGCAAUACAAUAACAAUUUGUAUAGCCAAAAUUAUAACAUGGAGGAGUACGAACGGCGAAAAAGACGUGAGCGUGAAAAAAUCGAGCGGCAACAGGGCAUACAGAUUGACGAUCGGGAGACUAGUCUAUUCGGGGAGCCGCGGCGGCUGACCGAGGGAGAUGCGGAGAUCACCGCCGCCCUGGGCGAGUUCUUCGAGGCGCGGGAGUACAUCAACAAACAGACUGUGGGGAUCAGCCGGAGUGCGCCCGGCUCCGGCAAUCCGCGCCUGCAGCCCACUCUGGCGCCGCAAGGCAAAUCCCUGGGGCAUUCACCCUCCUCCGCCUCCUCAGCAGCUGGGCCCACUGCCGCGUCCGCGACCACUUCGCUGCCCGGCCAGCAACAGCACUACCAGCAACAGCAGCGACCGCCGACGUAUGUGAAGCAGGCGGACAAUAAGCCGCCGUACAAUGGUCGCGGCGGCUAUCCUGGGCAGCCCAUGAAGAACGACAUUCCGUCGAGUAGUGGCAUGGCCCCGCCCCGCGGCCCGCCCAGAACCAGUUCCAGUAACAGCAACUCGUCCAGCGCCACAAACAAUGCCAGCAGCGGCGGAGUCCCGGCCAGCACACCGCUGGGGCCACCCCUGUCCACCCAGAUGCCGAAUGGGCGGGAGAAGUCCUUUCUUGGGCCGCCGGCUCCGGCGCUGCACAACGGCACCGGCGGACGCUUUGUGCCGCCAGCGGCCAGUAAGCGACCUGGAGUGGGCCAACAGCCGCCACCACCGGAGAAGGAUGUCAACAAAAUUAUCAGCGACAUAGCAAAUAUCUUCACGGUGCAGCCACUCACUUUGAUAGCGGCGACGCCACAUGCGCCAACGCGCGAGAACUACAACCUGCUGGCGCCCAAUAGACAAAAGUAUGCGAUGGACAUACCCAGCUCGCCACCCUCCGCGGAACCCUCAUCGCUGAUGACGCCACUUUUUGCGCCCAUUGCCUCGCCCAUCGCCCCGUUGGUGACAACACCGCCACAGGCUAGCCAAAUGCCUCUGGGCGGAGCAACAAGUGGGACGAUACUAGCGGGAGAGGCUCUGGCACCCCUGCACCAACUGCCACCCACUCCGCCCAAAGCAGCUUCCAUAGUCACGUCGCCGGGACCGGUCAAGCCGCUCAAAACGGAAAAGAAUCACUCGCUAGAGAAGCAAGACUCGUGCCUGGAGAACGACCUGGAGCUGUCCGAGUCGGAGGAUGAGCAGCGCAAGAAGGAGGGGCGAUCGGCUGGAAACAGCAGCAAUAGUUCCGAGUCCGAUUCCAGUGAGUCGGGCAGCGAGUCGAGCAGCAAGAACGAUCUGCAGCACCAUCCAAACCACCAGCAGCACCAUCACCAACUGCAGCAGCAGCAGCAGCAGGCGUCCAUGCAGCAGCAGCAAGUCCUCCAGCAGCAGCAUCGGCCCCAACCACUGACGUCCAACGGGGCCCAGAACAAGAAGUUCAGGCAUGAGAUCAUUGCCCGUGGCAGUAAUACCAUUACGGGACUCCUCAGCUCCAGUGGAUUCGGGAGCGGAGGUAGUGUGGGACCAGCCGGUGUGAACUCCAAUGCAGUCGUGGGCGCAGGAAGUGGAUCGGGCGGCACGUUAAGCAGUGGAGGCAGCUCAUCGAACAAGACGCCCUCGCCAACGGAAAGCAACAAGUGGAAUCUGAGUCGCUUUUUCCACAAGCCCGCAAAUCAGACAAAUUCCGAAAGCGUCUCGCCCGGCAAUGUAAGCAUGAAGGUGCCGGGCAUCCUGCCAGGCGGAGCCCAAAUCAUACCCGAGUCCAUUGAUGUGACAACGGCCAUUGUCAAGAACGAGAAGAUCCACGACGAUCACAUGGCUAUGGAGGAGGGUGAGGAGGAGGAUGACGACGAUGAGCAACAACUGCGCUAUGGUAGCGGACUGAGUGUCACACCGGUGGCAGUGAAAAAAGAGGCCAUUGACGCUGUAUCGGAGAUGGCACUUGGAGCGAUACCAAAAACACAAAUCAAACGUGAGUCGGCGGAGACUUUGCUUUCAGCUCGGCUCUCGGAUUCUGGGACCAGUGUCAGUGGCAGCUCAUCGAGCAGCAGCAGUAGCUCGGACAGUGCGGUUGGCGGCGACGUGGUUCCCAUGCCAGGUCCUGGAGAAACCCUUCUGCUUCCGGGCGUACCGGCCACAACUGUUAUGCGAGUGCAACCGACGCAGUCACAAAAGGCACCGCCGAGCAACAGCGUCACGCUGACGCCGAUUCUCCCGCUGCCCACGUCGCCAAAACAGCGUCAAAAGAAGCCGCGAAAGAAGAAGGCGGUUACAAGUGCCCCCAUUCUGGACUCAAGCGACGACGAUGAGCCGCCGCCCAAGCAUCCAGGUCUGGAUCACACAGCUGUUUCAGUUCAAACGCAGCCAGCUACGGAUACGGUGAAAAAGGGACGCGGACGACCCAGGAAGCAGCAGCAGAGCGGCGGCAGUGGUAACCUCAGUAGUGCGUCAGCCGGCAGCAGCUCCCAAACCAAGGGUCCCACGUUGACCGCUGCCAAAAAGCCUCUCGCCAAGACACCGCUGGCCAUGAGCAGGGCGAGGAAGCGCGAACAUUCCAGCCAGAGCAGCUCCAACGGCAACACGCCCACCAAAAAGGUGGCCACGCCCCAGCUGGUCGCCGCUCCCCUGAAACCGACCAGUGUCACUGCUGGCAGUAGCAGCUCCGACGAGGACAGCUCCUCAAGCGCCGAAUCCAGUUCGAAGUCGAGCAGCUCAUCGAGCAGCAGCGACGACACGGAAACCCAGAACACCAACUGCCGGAUAGUCAAGCUGAACAAGACUGGCGCUGUGCAGAAGAAGGCGCUGCUGGGCAGCGGGAGCAGUUCACCAAGCAGCAGUGGCAGCGAGGCGGAAGAUCAGACCACCAGGUCACAGGUUGGAAGUGGGCAGGCGCUAGCACAGCAGCUGCCGCCCUACAAGCAGCUGCCGAUCAGUCAGCAUAGUCAGCACCUGAGCAGUUCCGACUGCUCCUCAUCGAGUGGUGGCUGUACUGCUGUGUGCAGCAGCAGCAGCGGCGAGGAGGAUGAGGGGCGGCGUGAAAAGGAGCGCGAAAGGAAGCCCAAGAGUGACAAGAAUAAGAUUAAUACGCUGACGAGGAUUUUUAAUCCAAAGGAGGGCGGCGCCAAGAAACAGGGCCAGGUCGUUAUCGUAGACCUGCAGGAGGAGCAACAACAGGGCAAGUUGGAUGCGGCGGCACAGCCAUCAGCCCCGCAGGCGCCAUCUGCAGCACCUGCUGCCGUAAUGGCGAAGCCCCGGAUGACACCCACGCAGCAACAGCAGCUGGGAGCCGGACUGGCCUCGCCAGCGAGGACAACAACGCCACAUCUAACCUCCUUGAUAUGCAAGAUCGAUCUAAGCAAGCUUUCGCGAGAGCGCAUUAUGCGACUCAAGAAACUAACACCCGCCCAGCAGAAUGGCCAUCUGACGCCCAAGGAUCAGGCGACGAAUGCGAUAUAUGUGCCCAAUGGCUAUGCCGGCGACACAAAUCCCGCUGCGAAGGUAAAGCACGAGCAUCCGGUGAAACCGGAGCCCGAGCUGGACGCCGGCUACGAGGCCAAAUUCAAGCCCGGCAAUGUCAAGCAGGAGUUCCAGCUGAAGCAGGAACGAGAUCGGGACAGGGAGCGAGAACGGGAGCGGGAACGAGAACGUGAGCGGGAUCGUGAGCGGGAACAACCUCCUGGGCGUCGGCGGAAACGCAGCUCCAGUUCCAGCUCCAGUCCAUACAAGGAGAAGAAGCGGAAAAAGGAGAAGGCCGACCAGCUACAGAUGGGCAAGGAACUGUUGCCAGUGCCCGUGCUUCUGCCCUCUAACAACCACGAGCGAAUGCCCAACCAUGAUCGAUUGUCCUACGACAAGCUGCAGUUGCUUCACGAGGACGCUGCCGCCGUCAUUGGCGAUGUGUCCGCUCCAAAUGGCAGUCCCACCAAAAAGCUGCUGGCCAUGUCACCUCUACCGCCUCCGCCAACCGUCACCGUUGCGCCUGCCACCUGCAAUGAGGCAGUGCAGACUACUCUGCCAUCGGCAACGACAACCUCUGCAAUAGCUCCUCCGGUGCCAGCCACAAGGCUCAUAUACCGCUCCUAUUUCGAUCGCGAUGUGGAGCACCCCAGCGACGAUCCCAGAAAAAACAAUCAGUUCCUGCAGGAGGCCAUCAAUCGGAAGCAUGCCGCCGACUCGGAGCGCGACUCCUUCAACCAGGUGACAUUGUACCUGGAGGCCGUUGUCUACUUCUUGCUGACCGCCGAUGCCAUGGAGCGCUGCAGCUCCGAGCAGGCCACCAACACCAUGUACAAGGAUACCCUGUCGCUAAUUAAGUUUAUCUCCACAAAGUUUCGUCCCUACCAGCAGCAGUCAACGACCAACAUUCAGCACGAAACGCACAACAAAGUGGCCAUUCUCAGUUUGCGCUGCCAGUCGUUGAUAUCAUUAAAGCUUUAUAAGCUGAGAAGAAAGGAUUGUCGGGCCAUUAUCAACAGCCUCACGGAUUUCUUUCGCGUUGGCAGGGGGGACAUUGCCAACGGCAACACGCCGUCCUCCAUAUCACCAUCGAACUCGGUGGGCUCGCAGGGCUCCGGUUCGAAUACGCCGCCAGGCAGAAUAGUGCCUCCAGAUAUACACAAUAUGCUGUGCAAGCAGAAUGAGUUUCUGAGCUAUCUAAAUAGUGCUCACGAGUUGUGGGAUCAAGCCGAUCGAUUGGUGCGCACAGGCAAUCAUAUAGAUUUCAUCCGAGAACUGGAUCACGAGAACGGCCCGCUGACGCUGCAUAGCACCAUGCACGAGGUGUUCCGGUACGUGCAGGCGGGUCUCAAGACGCUCAGGGAUGCCGUGUCGCAUCCGACGCAUCAGUCGCAGUAGCGACAGCGGCAAUAUCAACCGCAAACGCAACGGAAGCGUUGGCGGAGGCGGAGGCGGAGGCGGAGGCGAAGGCGAAGGCGGAGACGGAGACGGAAGCACCACCAAACGUGUCUAAAUGAAAGUCAGGCCAAAUUAGCAACUAUUAUCUACUACAAGCUACUAAUUUAGUUAGUCAAGAUGAGGAGGAGUAACGAAUGAAAUGAAAUCGAAACCAACAACCUUCCAACAGAACGAUUGUAACCACAACAAAAACAACACAAAAAUUUGAUUUGUUAAUACUUUAUAAUUUAUAUAUGUAUGUAAUUGUAUAUGCACACCAUUUACUUAUUUCCUUAUGCUCAAUUUUCGAUUGUUUUAAGGCAUGUUAAGCUUUAUAUUUAUGCCUAGUUUUAAUUGAUAUUACCACAAAGAAAAACAAAAACACACAUUAAAAGUUAUAUUAGCUCUACGUCUAGUCUGUAAGCUCAAAAACAAAACCCAACCAGCCCCCCGCCCACUUUUCCUGUUCCCCAAAAACAUAAACAUUUUAGUUGAAUUUUGUUUUCGUAUGCGUACAGUAAGGAAGAUGAACGGCUUUUUAAAUUGUUUAAGUUUUAGUUAAUUUUACUUUGCAGCCUUGGUAAAGAAAAAUGUUAGCAAAUAUAAUUAUACAUAUUAUGGCAUAUAAAAAGAAAAGUUAUAGUUAUAAUUCUUUAUAAUAUUUCUAUAUGAAUUAUGUUUAAUGCAACUAUUUUAUUAAUUUUAAAUUAAUUCUUUAAAAGCAAUCACAACACGUUUUUAGAACAAAAUACAUGAAUGAAAACAAUAUAUAUUUAUAUUAAUAUAUAUUUCAAAUAUACACACGCAAUUGUA